AUGGCCUUCAAGAGUCUUUUUGGGCGAUUUCUUGUAGCAAUGUUCUUUUUUAUGUCUGCAGCUAUGAAAUUCACCGAGCCAGCAUCUCAUGAAGCAAUGCUGCUGGGUAGCUACACGAGUCUAUAUAAAGAAUUUUUUGCACUUUCAGGUUUCAAUCUUCCAAUUUCUCCAGCUCUCCUUGGACUUCAAGUUCACGCUCUUAUUCAAUUAACAGCAGCGUUGAUGGUGCUAGGAGGAAUCCUCUUUGUUUCAAAUGUCAGAAUCGGAGCUUAUCUUUUGUCCCUGCUUUUAUUAUCAUUCAAUGUCGUCAUACAUAAUCCUUGGCUAUAUACAGGUGCAGAGAGAAAUAUUAAUAUUGUGCAAAAUCUGUUGAAUUUUGGGUGGAUAGCAGGAUUAUUAUUGAUAUGUGGAGAAAAGGAGGAAAAAGAGAAGAAAGAAUAA